CCGUUGCGUGCAUCAGCGCGCGCGAGAUUUCCCACCCGCCGCCGCGUUGGCGCCCCGUAUAUUCUUCCCCGCCCGCACGGGCCACGGAUCCAUCCACCCCCUUCCUUCUCUCCGACGUUGACGAGCGCCUCCUCGAUCGGCGGCACCGGCGCGCCGCCCCCCUCUCCCGCCUUCCCUUUCCUUCUCCGCUAAUCAACCGGUGGUGCGAGAGCGAGAGCGACGGGCGGAGGGGAUCGACGAUGGGGAGCAACGGCGGCGGCGGAGGUGGCGGGAAGCAGGUGCUGUGGGAGUUCCACGCGACGGGGCCCCGCAACAUCUCCAACCCCAGCUGGAGGGACCUCAUCCGCUCGAGCUGGACAGAUCCCAACUACCGAAGAAUUGCGGUUUCAUGCUUCGUGCAGGCUGCGUAUCUACUGGAGCUAGACAGGCAGGAGAAGAGAAACGGUGAAAGCGCCCUUGCUCCUAACUGGUGGAAGCCAUUCAAGUACAAGCUGGUGCGUCCUCUAAUUGAUUCUAGAGAUGGAUCCAUAUAUGGUGUGCUGCUAGAAUGGGACCAGCUUGCUGCCCUAUCAGACUUGAUAGUGUUGAGACCUAAUGGCGCCCCGAAGGUUGUCCUCGCGAUAAGGGGAACAGUACUUAAGCAGUCGACAGUUGUGAGAGACCUCGAAGACGACUUCCGGUUCUUCACCAUGGAGAGCUUGAGGGGCUCUGUCAGGUUCACCGGUGCUCUCGAGGCGCUCAAGUCGGCGAUCGACAAGCGUGGCAGCAACAAUGUGUGCAUUGCUGGGCAUUCCCUGGGGGCAGGCUUUGCUCUGCAGGUUGGCAAGACUUUGGCUCAAGAUGGGAUCUUUGUAGAAUGCCAUCUGUUCAAUCCACCAUCAGUCUCACUUGGCAUGGGGCUGAGGAAACUUCAGGAGAAAGCCGGCAAGGUCUUGAAGAGAUAUGUCAGUGGAAGUUCUUCAAAUGCUACAGAACUUUCUCACCCAACAGAGGAUGGAGGAGCAGCUUCUGAAAUUGGAGAAGAAAAGCUGAUCAAGGAGGUAAAGAGAUGGGUGCCAAACCUGUACAUAAACAGCUGUGACUACAUUUGCUGCUUUUAUGCUGAUCGCAGCGGUGUCGCCACUGUUACUGCCGAGAAGCAUGAUGGCCAUUCUGGGACUCAUUCCAAGCUGUUUGUGAUUGCCAAAGGACCAAAGAAGUUCCUUGAAGCUCAUGGGUUGCAGCAAUGGUGGUCAGAUGAUUAUGAACUCCAGUUGGCCGUUCAUGAUAGCAAGCUCAUGUAUAGGCACCUUAAGUCGCUGUAUGUGAAUGAAUCAUAGGAAACUGAAUUUUGUAAAUGCAUCGUGUUCUUUUGCUUCUCUAGCCAAGAAAAUGUGAAUUUUUCUUUUGAAUGGCGCAUGGCACAAGCCUCGUACAUUCUUUUUUUUUUUUUGACCUGGAAAAACAAUCCCAGUGAGAUCGCUGGUCACCAACUUCACCACCUCAGGGGGUACAUCAUCCCAGCUAAGAAUGUUGUGAAGCUGAUCAUUACAACCCAGUGCC